CAUCGUCACAGCUCUAAUGGGUCAGCGGACACUGCUAUGAGAAUAAACAUCUGCAGCUGUUUUCAUCUUUGAACGAAGCAUAGUGAUUUUGUGGGAACCUGCAAGUUUUCUACCCGCAGUUGUACUAGUUGUAGUCCGCUGGGAAACAUUCAAGUCCCUCUUUCUGUACAAUCGAUAUGAGUUUGAGAGUUCAUGUGUGUACGUGGAAUGUCAAGGUAACACAACCACCAGAUGAAGACUUCAGAUCACUUUUGCACCUUGACAAUGAAGAACAACUUCCUGACAUUGUUGCUGUGGGUUUGCAGGAAGUUGAUGCUAAACCACAGUCAUUGUUAAUUGAAUACAUAAAGGAAAACUCCUGGGUAAAGAUUCUUCAAGCCUAUCUUGGGGCGUAUGGCCUGGUUAAGCUCAAAUCAAUCCGCAUGCUUGGAAUGGUACACCUUGUAGCUGUUCAUACUAAGCAUCUUCCAUAUGUCCGUGAAAUUAGACCUGGUUACUGCAAAACAGCACUUCUUGGCCUACUGGGAACCAAGGGAGCAGUGUCAUUACGAUUUACUCUUUAUGGGCAAAGCUUCUGCUUCAUCAACAGUCACUUCUCCGCUCAUGCUGACUACGAAGAACAAAGGAAUCUGGUAGUACAUCCAGAAUAUGGGAGCAUAAGUCAGCAUUUGCUGUUUGCAAAUUGUACACCACAGAAAGCAAUGGAACACAGCUAUGUAUUUUGGCUUGGGGAUCUCAACUACAGAAUAAAUGAAACUAUUGACAACAUCAAAGGCCUCUGCGCAAAAAAUGAUUACCCUGCACUGUGGGAGCAUGACCAGCUCUUACAAGGUCAGAAAGACGGCAAAUGUUUUGAAAAAUUCCAAGAAGGAGGGCUUACCUUUCCACCCACUUACAAAUACAAACCUGGAACAGAUCAAUGGGACACAGAAAGUGGAAAAUAUCGCAAACCUGCCUGGACUGAUCGUGUAUUGUGGCUCGAAUCCGAGGAGAGGAAAAACACUGUUACACAGGAGAGUUACGUGUCUUAUCAGUCUUACCAAACAAGUGAUCACAGACCUGUUGGUUCCUCGCUUGCAGUGAACCUUAAUGACUCCACCUCGUCAAUGGAGGAUCCUAUUUCGUGGAAGUUGGAUCUCAUGAGUCUUCCAUGGUACGGCAACGAGGAUGGUUUGUGUGUAUACGUGGUGAAGAACUACAAGACAUACAGCUGGGAUUGGAUUGGUCUCUACCGGGUCGGUUUUCAACAUGUUUUCGAUUACGAAAUGUAUGAGUGGGCCGUGGGGGACGGGGAUGAGUACGGCGAGAACGGCUGCGCAGUGUUGUUCGACUGUCUGCCAGAGGAGGCUGGCCAUUACGUGAUGUGUUACUACAGCUACAAGUUGGACUGCAUUAUAUCCGUCAGUGAACCAUUUGAGAUUCUUCCACCCCGAGAUGAAGAUAAGGAUCCAGUUGAGGUUCAAGUCGAGCAGCCAACUGAGGAUGUGUAAACAACAAUAAUAACAACAGCUUUUCCUGACGCUGUAGCACUUCAUAGACCGCGCAAACCUUUGCAGUUCACAUGGAUAAGGAAUCAUUUUAUGUGAAUAUUUUAGCACGGUAGCUAACCAUAUUUUCCUAACCGCCAUUUUGAAUGAUGGGCCCUUUGCGUAACCUUGUUAUUAACGUGUCCUUGUUAACUGUAAGAUGUGUCUUUGAAAAGAAAAACCAGAAACAGCUUCAUGAAGGACCGUUAUGACCUAUAUUAAACUUACACUAGCCUAAGACCCCUAAUUUUUUCCCUAUAUUUACUGUAAAAUGAACCUUUGCUCACUCGACACCUCUAUCAAGCGACCGUGGAAACCAAAAACAACAAGAAAAAAAAACGCUUUUAUAGAACGAGAAUAAAACAUGAACAAGAAUUGCCAUGAAAUGAAA